AUGGCUAACUCCAAUUCGGACGAUGAGCUCAUUCUCCUGCAAACUCCUCCUCCAUCGCCACCAGCCCUCAUCGUUCUUGGUGGAACACCAUCCUACCCAAACGUCUCUCAAGCCCUCGAUUCCCGGACUCCAACACGAAAGCGACGCCGAGUUGAAGAACAACCACGAAAUGCCUGGUCGAAGAGAACAAAACUUGAGGAUUCCGAGCCUGCCAAUGAAUCUGAGCACGAAAUCUCGUGGGAUGAAGCCGCAGAUGCACUGUUGCUUGGAGGCAAGCCUGACGGAGAUCCCCCGCCAAUGCGUUGUGCUGAGCAGACAGGUGACACUGGUGCGAUAACGCCUGGAUACGCAGCAUUCUGUGACCUCAUAGUGGAAGACGGGGGCGCGUUCUAUCAAAUUACUGAGGACUUGUUUGUAUCGAGCGGGUGGGAUCCGGAGAGGAAGAGUUUGAAAGCUUCAUGGCACCAUCUACAACGUUCUAUCAUUGGAGAUUCUCAGGUCGUUGUCUGCCAGUGCCCUCUAGCUCGCAACAGCGACUCUGGUGUUUGCGUACACACUCGGUUCUUGGAUGAAGAAGGACAGGAGCACUUUCCCGCCGAGCAAGAUCAUUUUGACUCUGCAUCCGAUGCCACACUCUUUUCGCGACAAGAGACUGGGGAAGAUACUUGGCUCAACGUGUUCUCCUGCUGUUUGCAGAAUGCAAGGUCUCUGAAUGGCCGAGUCAUUAUCGAGCAUCUGGGUACAAACAAUGGGGCUGGUAAAUGGACCUGCUCAAAGGAUAGUGGAACUUUGCACUGUUUGCAUAUCCACAAGUGCCGGAAUCUUCUGCAGAAGUUGCUUCGUGUUGAUCCCUCUGCCCGACAUCGUGCUGGAGAGAAUGAGUUUGAAGCAGCGGGAUCUGUUGAAACAGCUAACCCCAUCCCAACUUUCGAGGCGCGCGGAACAAGAUUUCAGCAAGCCAUAUCACAUUUACCUGUACUCGCGCCAACGUGGGCUUCAUUGACAUCCGAUCCCGCCCUGUACCAGCGGAGCGCACCUGCAGCACCCCCGGAGAUAAUCAAACUGACCGAGACGUCGUCUUGUCUAUGCACCAAACCGCGUUAUCGCUUCCAAUUGGCCGCCCCCACACUUUCGCAGUCAUGCAUUGUCUAUGGCCUAUCCUCAUCUUCGCGGGUCACCAUUGAGCUGCAGCGGUGUCAAAAUCCGCGCUGUUCACAUCGUUUCAUUGGGCCGGAUUGUCGGGAGCUUGGGAUUUUCAAUUACAACAACCAGCGACUCUUCACACAUGAAUUGCUCGAUGAAUAUACCUCAGCCUAUACAUCGUCUGAGACCCCGUUCUCUGCCUGGGUCUCCGUUGUCUCCCGCCGCUAUGCACUUCACAACAGCACACACACAUUUCCCAGCCCUGACAUCUUCCGGUCUGCAUGGUUCAUGUACGUGUCGCUACAAUAUCUCGACAACAGCAUGAUCUGUCCACGAUGCGGGCCGAACCCGGAUACGACGAUUUGGGACGGAGUCACGCUGGCUUUCAAUAAGAAGCAUCUGCUUUCGAGCCUGGAACCACCUACAGUCUCCCAACUACACUCCUUCGAACGAAAAUCGACGCGAUAUCUGCCAGGUCAGCAGCUCAUUUCUGCGUCCAAGCUUCGUCGCAUGAUGCGCUCGGUCUUGGUCGGUCCGCCGCUGACGAAAACGGAGUUGGACAAGCUCAUGCAAGCGACGCCGGUGGCCGAGAGCGAAGACGAAGAAGACGAUGAGGAUCAUGACGAGGAGACGGAGACGGCACCAGUUCUGAACCCGAGAGGGAAGAAGGCACUGGAGAAGGCAAGGAAGACUUUCCUUGAACGACUAGAGAUGUUACCGAUGGUGGUAGAAGGAUUAAAGGUCGUGGAUGAAGGGGUUAGUCGUUUAUUUGACAAGUGUUUCGGGCCGCUGUCUGUUCUCAACACGCGCCCUACUGCGGACGUGUAUCACCGCUUUUUCCUCCAGCUCGCCGCAGAGGAGUCGGUUUUACAAUUUGCGCCUCCCGGAGUAUUCAGUACACUUCAGGCUUUCCUGGACAACCCAAACAGACUCACAGGCUCCGCACUGAGCGAAGUUCCGGCACUUCACGAGGUUCUUGCGCACGAGAGAGCUCAGCUCAACGGCAACAUUUCGGAGGAAAUAAUUCAUACGAGUCGCUGGUUACUUGCCAGAGGUCGGGCCGUAUUCAAUGCCCUGACCGGAUGCUACUAUGGUCUUCCCAAGGUUCGCGAACGACCCCAAUACCCAAAGCUGAAGUACGACGCAAGCAACGAAGUGGGAGGGAAGCGAGGUGCAAAGUGCUCGAAGUUCUAUUCACAAUACGGCGAGCGUCGCUUGACGGGAGGAAUCAUUUAUUGGGCGAGAGAAGCCGCCGAAGAUACGGACAUCCUAACGCAGCGGGAUUUCGGCGAGGGUAGCGAGGAUUCGGUGACAGUGUCCAAUUCGUGGGAGGGCAGCGAAGACUCGCUGAUGGAGUCGGAGCCAGAGGAGAGCAGCGAAAGCUCGGUGACUGUGUUAAGACCAGAGGGAGGCAGCGAAAUACCGGCGAGAACGUGCGAAAACAGCCGGGGGCAGCGAAGAUUCGCUGGCGAGGUUUCGCCGACUGGGACGCUAUUGAGGGUGGGGCAGCGAAAGGUCGGUGUGGGCGCUGGAAACCAACCGCGGGGACAGCGAGACUUCGGUGAGCGCAGCGACAAGUCAGCGAUGGCGUCUUUUUGUGGAGGAGGCAGCGAAGAUUCCCCAGUGGUAGCCGUCGAAAUCACUCAGGAGGGAGGGAGGAGGCAGCGCGAUAUCGCCGAGACGAGGGAAAUGAGUCUUGCCGCACAUUCCUAUACCGCGUCUCUCACACACGAUAACGACACGGAUUCCAUGUCCAUCCCACUGACCAACAUCCCCGCGUCUUCUCGUCGUCCAUCGGGAUACGAUAUGGAGCGUGCUGCAAGCAGCGACCGUACUACGGGCUCCUGGGACAUGUUCGCUGGUGCAGAAAGAUAUGAGCAGUCUGACGCGAAGGCCAGCAACCCGGCCUAUGCUGAAGGGGAUAUCCCCGACAACCAAGCCUCCAAGUUGUAUCAUUAUCUCCUCAAUGCUUCAAUUAUUACCCGUUGGAUAAUAUUCAUUGUCCCAAUACUCGCUAUCCUAUGGAUACCCGGGAUCCUCGCCCUGACGGACAAGACCAAGUUUGGCCCUGAUGCUGCAUCAGUAUGGGGGGUUCCAUUGUUGUGGUGGUCCAUAUGGCUGUCAGUCUGCUGGGGAGGCUGGUGGGCUGCCUCUGCCUUUUCAACAGUGCCCAGGAGGAUCGCACCUAUUGUCAUCCGCAAGACCGUGGGAAUCAUCGCUGUGGGUACCCGAAGGUACCUCGACUGGUUGCAAGCCCUGCACCGAUAUGUCGCCACAUUUUUGUGGACUUUGGCCAUCUUCGUAUCGUAUCAACCAUUGAUCGACUCGAUGCAGAACGCCAAUGCAUCUGCCAAAUCUGUGCAAAUCAUCCAACUAGGCCAAAAGCUGUUUUUCGCAUUCUUUUUGCGCGUUCAUUUUUUCCCACAUCCGUCAUGGCCUGCAACGUUGCGCCCUCCAGGGAAAUUCCAUGAGCGUAGCUACGCGGAGCGUAUCGCAGACCAAAAGUUUGCCGUGUCGGCGCUGGUCACGCUCUACCGCAAUUCGAAAAGCAUUACCCGGCCCGACAUGGUUCCCACAAACAGUGUCAAAGACAUGCUGAACCCGAAGCGGUUUUUCCGCAGGGCUAUGAAAGGUGUGAGGGAGGCGGCGACCACGACGACCACUGUAUUUGGGAAUGUUGCGUCCGAGAUCGCUGGAACGUCGGUCCUUCAGCCCAAUUCUCCCCAGAGCAUCGUCAAAACAUCGCUCCAGUCUGCUACCCGGUCUCAAGAGCUCGCGCGGAGACUCUUUUUCUCGUUCGCGAAGCCGGGCAACCAGUAUCUGCUGGUCGAAGAUAUUGCUCGGUUCUUCGGAAGCCCUGACGAGGCCGACAAGGUCUUUGCUUUGUUCGAUCAAGACUCGAAUGGGGAUGCUACGCGCGAAGAAAUCGAGAUGGAGAUUCACCGGGAACAGCUUUCGAUCGAACAUUCGAUGCAGGACCUCGAUUCUGCUGUUGGCAGACUCGACAACAUCUUCAUGUCUCUCUAUGCAAGUCUUUGCGCCAUUCUCAUUAUCGCAGUCGCCCUCGAAGCUCAAGUCGCCACGCUAGUCACCAGCGCGGGCACCUUACUCCUCGGGCUGUCGUGGCUUAUCGGCGGUUCUCUUGCAGAGGUCUUGACGAGCAUCAUUUUCUUGUUCAUCAAGCACCCCUUCGAUGUCGGGGACCGGAUUGUGGUCACGGGAUCAUCCUAUACUGUAAAAGAGAUCCGGCUGCUGAGCACCAUCCUCAUCGAUUCCCAUGGCGCUUCAGUGCAGGCACCCAACACUGUACUGAACAGCACCUUCAUCGAAAACAUCCGCCGCAGCCCUCAGAUGUCAGAGACCUUCACUUUCGACGUGAGCUACUCGACAAGCUUCGAGGACAUCGAAAAGCUUCGUCAACGCAUGCUUGCGUUUGUCACCGCCGAACGUCGCGACUAUCGCAGUGAAUUCGAUGUCCAAGUUCUGGAUUUCCCGGAUCAGGCCAAGAUGACCUUGUCAGCGAACAUCAACUACAAGAGCAACAGUCAGCAUAGCGCUUUGAAAACAAAACGAAGGAACAAGUGGGUCUGUGCUUUAAAAAGCGCUCUAUUUGAAGUCGGCAUCUUCGGGCCAUCCGGCGAUCCAAAUGCAGAACCGGCCGCCCAACGUUAUACUCAAGUCCCGUGGCAUGAGGUUAAAGCAGAAGACGCCAAGGCGCACCAGACCCAGAGCGAGAAUGUCGGAUCGAGAAUGCCAGAAGCUGGAUGGGAGUUGAGCGGAAAGGAUGCAAUUUUGCAUGAAGGAUCCGAUGGCAUUUUUGAUGAUCCUGUCGAACCCACUGUUCGUCCAGAUGCCCCAGCCCAAUACAGAGUCGAGAACCAUGCCUGUCCCGCCGACUUUUAGACCAUCUUGAUUCCAGGGACAUCCAUCAUACCCAAUAGACAACUAGAUUGCAUGUAAUUAUAGAGUCUCAUGAGGAGGUGUAGCUGCUGGCGGCGGUUCUGAGUGCCUCUUGGGCUUCAGUAUCAACACCACGACUAGCCCAAAUAUGAUAAGUAUCAAUAAUAAAAUAAGUUGUCUCCUUCCUGUGUUCUUCUGAUAUCUACCGGGCGGCUGUGGUCAGCGAAAGGAAGGGGAACAAGGUAGGGGGAACCAACUUUGUUGCAACCUUGAGCUCCCGGACCGCAUCUUCGACUUGAUCUACGGUUUGCUCGAUGUUGUAUUCUACACUGUCCAACAAAGUUCCCUGAUCAAUCACCAGGGCGGACAAAUCUUUGAACAGUUCAGCCAGCGAGUUGAUCGAUUUCGCAAUCUCGGUCAAUUCCCGGUCUCGAGAAGCAUAUUGCUGGGAUGGAUCGUGCAGCGUCGAUUGUGAUUGCACUUGCGUCGUCGACUAACGAUGAUGGUUUCGAUUAGAUAACAUCCGGCACAAGAUGAGAUGUGCUCGACGCACCGCAGCUGCCAUAUCGUCAUCGACUGCGGACAUUCCCUCCGAACCCUUGAGCGAGAUUGUACCCGAGGCGAUCAAAAGAUCCUGGUUUUUGAUCGCAUGACCUUGCAGCUCUGCAGGCACAGGUCAAUGCGCGUCUCGUGGCAUAAUCGAUGGACAACGUGUUGCGCGAAUACUCACUCUCCAUGUAUACACGCUGCUUCUUCCGGAAGGUCCCACUCAGCUGUUGCACCUUCGCAGCCAAUCCGCGCUGGACAUUCUUAGCUGCGAGAGACGUAUGUGCCGACGGCUGGGAAGGAGGAAACGAAUGCGGCUGCGUUCCGAUACGCUGAAUCAAAGCGUGGCAUUGGCGAAAGUCCUAUGGAUGGAGUGAUGAGCCACACAGUGGAGAUUGUCCCGAUGAAGGUCGACCUUGGUGAUAUCCGUCGUCAUGGCCUCGAUUUCAUGUUCCUCGAAAGAUCGAUCUGUAAAGCCCGGCAGAACAUGUUUCGCGUGGAGCUUUUCCAAGGCGGCAACUGAAAACGAGUUGAUUUCAAGGACGCUCCGGGACAAAGUAAUACGCCGCGCGUAUGCACGGACUUUUUGCCUGGGUAUCGGCGAGAACUUCGUGCACUUGGUCCGAGAUAUCGACCCUGCGCGUCACAUGAGAACCGCCCGGGAGUUGAUGACGCGGUGGAGAAAGAAAAGAACCAUUUGGGAGGAAGGUCGAGAUCAAGUGUUGUGUGUCUAGCAGGUGAGGCUGGAAUAAGGCCCUCCUGUUCUUCGUCGGCAGUCGCGAAGGGUGACUCCGAGUACGAGUGCCGCGGUCGGGCACGCGAGUCGCGGCAACCUGCGCCGUAACCGGCGUAAACCUACCCGAAUUAGAAUGUGGACAGCCUGUUCCGCAUAGCCACCGCUUCAGGUCAAUAUAAAACUCUCGUGGCCGGACCUUGGAUCCUACUCCAACGUCUCGGUCCGCGUUCCACGAUUCUUUUUUUAUAACUCCGUAAAACUUUCAAUGUGCCAAUACGACACCACUGGAGUCGAGUGAGACCGCCCCUUUGCGCGUUAGCUUGAACUUACGACCAUGAGGUAUGCCUGUGGCCACUACAUAGUGACGAGCUUGGACUACGAACACGAUUGCAGAAGCCGGUACUGCACCAAGUCGUCAAGGCAUCCCGCCACAUGUAAAUCGCUGGAUUGCAUCCAGUAUCAUGGGCCGGACCGCACCCAGACGAUAUCACAAGUUUCCUCCGCGUACUGUGAUCCAUGUCAAAAGGGCUUUUUCGACGCACGUCCUUCGACCCGCCGCUGAUGGACGCGACUGCUCAAUCGCCAUUCCUACCGCCAUUUGUAUCACCCCAUGUUGCUUUCGCAGGACCGUGACCCCUGUCUGCUUUGCUUGCUUUCACUCUGCGCAAUAAUACAUACACCAUCAUCUAAUCCAACAUCACAUCCUCCGUACAUAUUGUUAGACCUACCACUUGACAGUUAAUCCUACGAUAUCGCUCUCCACCGCCCGAUAACUCGUCCGAAACAAACUUCUGCGACGGACGUCACGCUCGGGGUCAUCCAAAGUGCCAUUUGUGGCGCAUAGAUCAUCAAGUACCCAGUCCAGCAAUCGAUUUGGUCGAUAAUCGAGAUGAUAAACCGACCAGUAUAUGCUCUCUACUUUGGCGGUCCACUCGCGAUUGCCCCAUUUCGGAGUUUUCAUGACCCCAGUCUCCUCCCAGUCCCUGGUCAGGCCUUCCUCAUCGAGAGCGACGGUCAGUGGCUUGAGUUGGCCGCCCCCGUUGACACAUCCGCCGGGACAAGCCAUGACUUCAACAUAGUCGUAGCCUCGGUCAGGCUUGUCCGAGCCGGGUUUGUUUGAACGCCGGGCCACGGCACGCCCAGCCAGGCGGCCGGCUGCCCCCGUGCCAGUGCGGAUUCCCAGGUCUUUUCCCACCUUGCGCACGACAUUCUGUAGAUUCCGGAAGCCGUAGCACUUGGCGCCCUUGAAGACUUCGGCCUGAUCGUUCUCUCGGCGUAGAAUGUACUCCUCGUGAUCAGCAUUCCGCAUCGUUUUCACGGACAGAACGAGUGGGGUGGGACUGGUGGAUUGGAGAUGUGAUAUGAUGGAGUGCAGAUAUGAUCCUGAGGACGAUCCCUCGUGCACCAGGAGUUCGGGCAGCGUUGAAGACUCCACUGCUGUGGGCUUGGUCGACCAGUUUGAGAUGGGCGGUACAUCAGAUUCGCCGGGUAUGGGGAUGGUGAUGUCGUAGCCCUUUUCGAUCAAGAUGAGUUCCAGCUCUCCGGUGGUUAUCACACAGUCGACAUCGCGUGUUGAGUAGACGGAAUUGUAAAAAUCCGUCCUCGAGGCCUCCAGCUUUUUGUCAUAACAAGGCAUCACAGUCACAUGGUAAAUUUCGUUCGGUCUUCGAAGGUGAACGAGGGGAACACAGCAGAAGAACGGAACUUACAAACGACCCCACUUUUGACCCAUCCAGUUCUUGACCAAUGUACCCAUAAUUUGCUGGGGGCUCUUGGUCUGCGCGAUGAAAGGAAGCAUUUCCGGAUGUGUCUUCUCCGCGUAGCAAAUCCAUCCUGGACAAGCACUUGCCAGCAUAGGGAGCUUCCCCUCCAACUUGCACCGUUCUUCAAACUCCGCCAAGUGUUCCCGAAGAGCAACAUGCCUCGCAAAAGUCGUAUCGAACACAUGCUCGACUCCCAGAUCUGUUUCGCAGAAGUGUCGUAUCCUUCGGAGAAUUUGCCGUGGGGACGUGGCCACUCCAGAUCUGGUCGUGACCGAAGCAGCAAUGGAGGACAGACUUUGUGGCGCGAUAGAGAUGACGGGGAUUUGUUUCGAGACGCCGGCCGUGGCAUUGGUUUUCAGGAAGUUCAGAACUUCGAUGUGGGAUUGCAGAGUUAUGAGAACCGAUUCGGCUGAAGUUAUGCAUCCACUACCCGGUGUUCGUCAGAUGCCGAGAAGAAGGGUGGCUGAUACAUUACCUACAAGCCAGGCAGUCAUUCAGGUUGAUCUGGGCCUGUUCCAGCUUUCUGGAGCUGGAAGCCAAUGGCCCAGCGGCGGAGACCUCAUAAUACGCUCCGGCCGAGUCCACUUGUAUUUCAGUCUUCUUGAAAGUUGUAUCGGCGCAGAGACGGAAGCGAGAAUCCGACUCACCGAGGCAGCUCCCGCAUGCUUUUCCGCUGGGACAUUCGUUUGCUCGACGGGUUUAAUACAGGCUUGGGACGGCGUGAUGAAGUCGUUCAGAUCGCUGAGUGUCUGAGAGAGAGAUUUAGAUUCGUAGGCUCGCGAGUAAAUAGCCCUACCAGGGCCCCGGAGAACGCCAUGACAAAUGAGAAGAAAAGAGUAUUGCCAACUCCGAGUCCGACUCAGACUGGGCCGUGCCACUUCGGCCGAAAGUCGGAUGACAAAGAGCGCAAUCUUAUCUAAUCUCACCGAUGACUUUGGCCAGUUCAUCCACAGAUCCAUUCGAGCUCGACCGUCUCGCAGAGGAGCUUGUCACUCGGGAGCUCGAUAAAGAUGCGACGGACCAUGAACUGCCCAUAUACAUCCCGCUAUCACAUACAAACCCGCAUCUAACGUCCGACGUGUUCGAUGUCGAGGCAUUUCUACUCUCCAGAUCACAUACCUCUCUUCGCGACCUGCGCUCGGAACUGCGGGACUAUCUUGCGACUCUCAAAGAGGAGCUGGUGCAGCUUAUAAAUGACGACUACGAGGCGUUCAUCAGUCUGAGUACGGACUUGAGGGGGGAGGGCGAACGACUAGAACGGCUCCAGUCCCCGCUAGCAGAUCUUAGGCAACAAGCUCUGGAAUCGAAGCGUGAGUUGCAAGUUAUCCAGGAUGCUAUUCAAGAAUCGCUGGAGAAGAGGUCAAUGCUCAGGGAGGAGAAGGCACUGCUCCACCUCCUGCUGAAAAUAUCUGAAUCUGUGACGCGACUUGAAUCUUUACUGCUAAUCGCGUCGUCAACUACAGAGGAAAACGAGCGGACAGAAAUGGACGCGCAUUCUACACAUCUCAGCCUCACCGAAGACAGUACUGAGGACAGAGAUCGAACUCGCGGCCAAGCGAAGCAUUUGUCUCGUGUGGCCGCAGAAUACAGUCAGUUGCUAUAUCACGCCAGCAAAGCUCGAGCGGAGAACUGUGUUUUCGUGGAUGAAAUUCAGUGGAGAAUCGAUCGAAUACGUUCCACCCUCUCAUCUGAUUUGGACCACCUCUUUUCCGUCACAUUAACGAAUCUGACGACCCUCAAUACCGACACCAGACUCUCAGAACUUGAAAAGACGAAAUCUCUCGCUGACUUGAAAGAAUGUUUGCAUACGUAUGACACGAUGGGCUUAUGGAGGGACGCCGAGGAUGUUCUGAGAAGAGACCUGGUGAGGAGGUUUGUCAAAAGGUCUGUAUUUUCCGGCGCCCUCGCAGCACCACCAUCGCCUAUGGUUCCCCAUACGCCUUUCCGCUCUUCCACGUCCGGAAACUCUGCUUUGGAGCCCAAUGCCCUUCCACCGAGGACCCCAUACACUCCGUUCACCGCGUUCGCUCUCAGAACGCCAUUCCAAUCAACACUGGGCUCCGAUACUUCGCCCUAUUCUCAUCUCCUCGAAGACGAUGACGAUCCACUUGCGAGGUUGUACACGCAGAUCCUGCGCUUUGUUGAGAGGGAUUUGAAGAAAAUAAUGGUCAUUGCCGACGAACUCUCGAACAAGAACUUGUCUGCCAAGCAGGGCCGACUACCCAGCGAUGCACCGUCGGGGGAUGGUUUCGAAAUCCUAGCGAACGUUGUUUGGGAAGAGCUGGGGCGAGCGAUCAUGGACGAGCUCGGUGUUGUAGUCUUUGCCUCCGGACGGCCCAAUGAGUUCCGGAAACACUACGAGAUCACUCAGGCGUUUGUGCGCUCUCUCGAGUAUCUUGCGCCCUCUGUCCACGCUGUCGAAGCAAUGCGGGCGCAUCCAGUCUACGGAGCCUUUGAGCGGCGGUGGCAACUUCCGGUCUACUAUCAGCUGCGGUGGAAAGAGAUCGCGAGCAAAGUGGAGGAGGCCCUGGCUUCUUCCAAAGCCGAUGCGUCAACUGGGGAUCAGACAUUUGUUACCACCCAGGCUCAGGCGAUCUGGAUUGCCAUCUCUGCAUGCUGGAGUGCGGAGGUGUUCAUCCCCGAACUGGCGCAUCGAUUCUGGAGGCUUACUCUGCAGCUUCUGAGUCGAUAUAGAGUUUGGCUGGACAGCACUUUGGAUGACAAACCUGUGGACAAGGGUUCUGCCUCGAUUGCCCGGUCCGGUACUCCUGUUGACGGUCAAUCUGCCGACAGUCUGGCUGCGGACGACUCGAGACUGCGGCAAUAUGCCCUGAUCAUCGCUGAUGUGCGCGCACUCAGGGCCAGUGUCAUGAGAUUGUGGAAAGAAGAGAUCAGCCUUCUUCUCCCGGAGCUUUCUGGCGACGACCGCUCCAACACUGAGGAGACGCUCUCUUUAUCUCUGUCCGCACUGGGCGACGCGACUGAGCCCAUGUCCAGCCACGUGGUCGCAAUUCUGACUAAGCGAUGCUGCGACGCGCUCAAUCCCGUGCGGUCGAUCUCGUCGCAUUUCCGGGCGAUGGCGAACAAGUCUAUGCCGAAGGCCCCUAGUGAUUUUGUCUCCUCCGUACUGAAGCCUGUGAAAGGCUUUUUCGGGAUUGGUGUUGCUCAUGCCCCCGGCGCUGCGCUUGUGGAUCACUGCUUGGAGCAGUACACGGCGGAGAUUUUCGAAAGUGUGUCUCAGAGAUACGUCUAUCUGAUCACGGGGAUGAAGAAGACCGAAGAGUCGUUGCGGCGGCUCAAAAAGGGCAAGAAAAACACGUUCUCUCUCUUCGGAAGCAGUGCCAAAGACGAUGAUGGAAAGGACGAGGAGAGAAUCAGAACGCAGAUGAUCCUCGACGUCGAGGCUUUCGGGGUGGAUGCCCAGUCCCUCGGGGUCGCAGUGAGCAAGAGCGAAUGCUUCAAAUCCCUGCAGGAGAUGGUCCAUGCUCCGGUGGAUCCGUCGGAAUAGUCUAGUCCAUCUCUGUGUUUUUGAUCUGCUUGCGACGGACAUCGAUCUUCUUUGCAUCAUCCUUUCCCUUCUGGUACAGUGAUCUCGCCUGAGCAUCCUUGAACUCCAGAGGACGCGACUUCCGUCCCUUCUCAAGCUUGAUCCCCUGAGAUUUCAGAUAGUCAUCACCAAUGGCAGCUGUGGCUUCCCUAAAGGCGACAAGUUGAUUCACGGAGGCCCAGGGCGAUUCCUCGUCAGCUUCGGGCUUGACGGUGGCCUUGGCUUCCACUGAUGGAGACUCUCUUCGUUUCAGGGUAGGCCGUUCUGCGUCGAGAUCGAGCAGAUUAUCGACAUCGUCGUUGUCAUCAAAAUCUGGCGCCAUAUCACCUAAUGUCGCGGGACCAUUAAAGUUGUCUUCUUCAUCAGCGUUCUCCUCGUAUUUUGAUGGGAGUCUCCUGUCCCUGAAAUCGUCCUCGUCGUCGACAUCUUCGAUUUUGACUUUGCGUUCCUCAUGCUGUUCCAUUUUGACGGCCCCAUCCUCUUCCUUGAUCUGGGGCUGUUCCAAGCGCACCAACUUGGCCUUGGUCUCCGCAGCCUCUGCUUCUUGUCGAGCUUGGAGCAAGGUUUGCUCUUUUUUCACUGCCCUGGAUUUUUCGUCGGCCUUUUCCUGCUGAGCCAUCUUAUAUAGACCAUAAGCGACACCGGACCGGUAGCAGCUGAAGCUCGUUCAGCGUUUGCUGAUAUGGACAAGUGAGAAAACCUUACUUCUUUGCGUGUGUCCCUUUGCCUGCUUCAGGUUUCUGGCUCCAGGCAAGAAUAAGGUUGUAUGUCUAGGAGAACAGUCAGAGGUGCAGCAUCUAUGUUGAUUUCGACACGCUACCAUUUCGAAUGCGUGAGCGGCUGCGACAGUUUGCUCUUGUAGACCUGAUGGUUACGACAGUCAAUUUCCAUACAUAGAUGAGGCGCGAGAUUGACACGUACCAUAGAACGACCAAUCUACCUUGGGUCGAGAGCCAGUGAAUUUCGUGCUGUAUGACUGGCAAUCGAAAAAGAUGUCCAUAGCUGUGGACAAGGUGGAGGUCCAAGCCGGCAGUUGAAAGGGCGUCCCAGCGUCAUUCCGGAUAGACACGACGCUGCAGACAAUUGUUAGAAUCGCUAUCGACGAUACGCCGCAGAAGACUUGCGAUGUGCCAGCACUGUUUCACCCAGGUCGAUCGGACAAGUCGCUCGGAGGUCACGCCACCUACCGCUUGAGUUUCUCGGAUUCGGACUCUUGCGACAUGAUAUCGGCUUGGGUGACGCUGACGGCUACCUGAGCAAUGUCCGGCAAGUCACUUCGACGCGACGUACUUGUGUCUCUCCAACAUCUUGGAGGCCAUUCUAUCACCUCAACGUGUCAACGGCAUGGCUGAUUGCAGCCAAAGUAGUACCCACCUCAGAGCCGCACGCGCUUCAUCCUCCCCGGUUUGCGGAUGUGCAGCCAACGCGAGAGCCUUCUUGAUACGUCCUAUCACAGCAGCGUCCAUCCCUUCCACUGUAAUACAAGCCCGAGGUGAAUCGAACGAGCCCCCUGGCCCACUUGGAAACUAGACGCACGGCGUUUCUGGGAUUCUGUCUUGUCCCGGAUGGGCGCGUCAGUCGCGCGUAUCGUCACUUCUGCUUUGGUGGCAGGACCUUUGCUGCGUGUCCCGGUACUUUUGGAGGCCGAAGUCCGCUACGCAGGGUUAGAAAUGCAUAUUUUUUUACCGAGCAGCACAAGGGAGAUUGAACCUUUGCCCUUUUGGGCCCCUUGAUUUCUUUCGCCUCAAAGUCGCUGUCCGAGUAUUCCGAAUCAGAUGUCGUGUCGUAUCUACGUUUUGGCAUGGAGGAAGGAAAAAUGAGCACUGUGGUUGUGAUGCCGGAGCGAGCACUGCUCCUGACGCGACGGCCCGUUGAUUGGAACUUUGGCCCUGUUAGGGACGCGUUCGAAUCAACCCUGAUCAACUCGCAUCAUGUCCACUCCCGCCGCAGAAAGCGCUUCUGCACCCGCAAAACGACAUGGCCUCUCCGCCGUCGAGAAGCAGAAGUCCCAGUUGGACCGACUGCUCAAAGAUCCCACCAAGGCUGCAUUCAUACCCGCCCCGCCGAAGGAGAAGACGAUCCGAGCGGCUCGAGAAAUGAUGAAGAAUGUCCAGGGUUCUAGCGCCGGUGCGGGGAGCGGGGAGUUCCAUGUGUAUAAAGCGAGCCGGAGGAGAGAAUACGACAGACUGAAACUCAUGGAGGAGGAAACAGCCAAGGAAGCCGAAAUUCGUGAAUACGAAACAAGAAAGCGCGCGAUAGACGAUUUGGCGGAAUCCAAAACAGCAAAGAACCGCGCGAAACGGCAGAAGAAGAAGGAGAGGGCGAAGAAGGGAGAUCCCUCGGACUCGGCGAAAGGCGACGGGACCGCAGGUUCAUCUGAUGCUCCUCUGAAGAAACGUCGACUUGUUAAUGGGCAGGAGCUGGUUUUCCGGCGACCUGGGGAGAGUGAUAGCGAAGCAGAGGAUGAACCAGGGCCUCAACUGCUGCCCUCCGAACCUGUCGACGACCCGGCAGACGUGAGCGUCGACGCACCAAAUGCAAUAGUGACUGCGAGAGUUACCAUACACGAGGACGAUUGAGGAGUGAUCAACAAGAAUAGGACGUGGCUAUGAGUGCGUGGAACCAAUGCUUCAAGAGCUCUUCCUCCAGGAUCUGCCUUGCCAGGACAU